AUGGGGUCAAUAACUGCUUCCAACGUCACAAUCGAAGACUUGAUUGAUCGAUCCAAGCUUCUUUUACAAACCAUAACGCAAAACACCCACGAAAAAUAUGGAUUUGGAACACUGACGUGCACCGUCUAUGACUCGGCGUGGGUUGCUCUCGUCAAGAAGCCAGACCAGAAUGGCAAAGCGCAAUGGCUAUUCCCAGAGAGCUUUGCCUACAUUGUCAAGAUGCAAUGCGCCGACGGUGGCUGGAUGAGCAACACCAAGGCCCAAGUGGAUGGCAUCCUCAGCACCAUGGCGGGACUGCUAGUGCUCAAACGGUACAUGGCAGAGCCCCUCCAGGUCGCUCUAGACCAGGGACAGAUGGCAGAGAAAGUCGAGCGCGCCGUGGAUAGUCUUCGCUCUCAGCUUGACUCUUGGGAUGUCUCAGGUUCCAACAAUGUGGGAUUCGAAAUAAUCGUACCUGCCAUGCUAGACCUCCUGACAGCCGAAGACCCGUCGCUCGUCUUUCAUUUCCAAGCCAAGUCGGACUUGCUCGAAGUGUAUCAGGCAAGGCUUUCCCGCUUUAAGCCAGAGCUCUUGUACGGAAACGAUUUUGUGACAGCUACACACUCCCUGGAGGCAUUCAUCGGCCGAGUCGACUUUGACAGGCUCAAGCACCACAAGAUGUUUGGUUCGUUUUUCGCUUCACCGUCAUCCACGGCUGCAUACUUGAUGAACGCUUCGAAAUGGGACGAAGAGGCUGAGGCGUAUUUGCGACACGCCGUCGCAUCUUCUGUCGGAAAGGGUAGCGGUGGCGUUCCUGGUGUGUUUCCGACUACAAAUUUCGAGUAUGUUUGGGUGCUUUCGACUUUGUUUAGGGCUGGGUUUUUAGUGCUUGAGCUUGCCUCGCCGGAGCUCAACAGCAUGACAGAAAUGCUGCUUCACACCUACGAAGAAUCUGACGGUGUAGUUGGCCUAGCACCUGGCAUUGAAGCCGAUGUCGAUGACACUGCGAAGCUCAUCACAACUCUGGGCUAUCUCGGAGAGACGGUGCAGCCUCAACGUCUGGUCGAAGUCUUUGAGGUGCAGACACACUUCCGAGUAUACCAGCACGAGCGUGACGCAAGCUUCAGUGCAAACUGCAAUGCCCUCAUUGCUCUUCUGCAUCCUGGUCACUGCGACCUGUAUGGUGUGCAAAUUCGGAAGCUAGCCGAGUUUCUGUGCAAUCGGAAAUGGAAUGCAGAUGCGUGCAUCCGGGACAAAUGGAACACCAGUCAUCUUUACUCAUCAUUGUUAUUUACGGAGGCAUUCACAGAUUUGCUUUACUUGGUUGAACAAGGUCAUCUCGCAGACACCUUCAGCGAGUCAUUCUUACGCAAGGCCGGCAUUUGCCUGUACCAAACCUGUUUGCGCCCCCUUUUGGACCAGUGCAGCAAUGGAUCCUGGGGUGGUUCUAUCGAAGAGACCGCGUAUGCAGUCACCAUACUUGGUGAAGCACAAAAGUUGGUCUUUUUCCAGGACCUACAGCAGAUAUUACGCGCUUCCAUCAACGAGGGAAUCGAAUACAUUCUGUCCUUUGCCACGACAGAAAUGAGUCACCAUUGGUCUGACAAGGUGAGCUACGGCUCCUAUUCCAUUACCGAAGCCUACAUCCUGGCCGCUCUCCGGCAAGCGACUGUGCCCUUCACUGGUACCAUCGGCGGUUCCAUAUUUGGCAACGUCACUGUGGAAAAGCGUGCAAAGCAGAUUGAGUUGUUUCACAAAACGCCUCUUCUGGAGUCUCUGCCUCGAUGGGAGAUAGUUGCAUCUCUUAUUGACGCCGAGCUGUUUGCAAUGUUCAUCGACGUCCCCAAGCUCCAAUUUCUGCCCUCGAAUAAUGUCCAGAGCGGCGCGUACCUCAAGUUGGUGCCGUUUACCUGGACUAGCUGCAGCAACAGAUCGAGGUCGUAUGCUUCCCCCAGCUUUUUGCAUGAGAUGAUGGUACUGUCCUUCUUUACGUAUCAAGCUGAUGAGUUUAUGGAGUCUGUUGCUGGACCAUCGUUCCAUGGUCGCUACGGGACUUUGCGAAAUCUUAUUGACAAGGCGACCUUUCACCCAUUGGAGCUGCGCCUCUCUCUUGAACCCGGACUUGACGAGCAAGCAACCAAAGCCGAUGCAAGAAUAUUGCAGCAGCUGUCACAAUGUGUGAAUCUUUUGCUCAACAACGACGUCAUACAACGUGCGAGCUUCCACGACCGCCGUAACCUUCGGCAAGAGAUGCGUCACUUCCUCCUCGCCCACACAGCACAGGUGCAGGAUAAUUUGCGCCACAUGUCGGACGCUGAGCUCGAGGGCGAAGCCGUCUCUUCCGUAUCCCAUAGCUACAGUCGAUGGGUAGCCACAACGUCGGCUGACCACGUUGCCGGCCCGUUCUGCUUUGCGUUUGCGCUCUGUGUCAUUGGCGCUGGCUUGCCGUCCAGCACGCCAAACAAGAACUGCUUUCCGUCCGUAGCGGAAAAGUAUUAUGCCACCAAUGUUGGCACGCACAUCUCCAUCAUGUGCCGCAUGUACAACGACAUGGGCUCCUGGGAAAGAGACCGUCGCGAAAACAACUUGAAUUCGCUGCACUUUGCAGAGUUUGCCACGGAAGAGGAAGCAAGUAGCCGGAAAUUGGCUCUGUACGACCUGGCCCAGUAUGAGCGCGGCUGUUGGAAUGGGGCACUGAGCUGUUUACAGGCUGAGAAUGAUGCCAAAGAAAGCAAUUCGAUGAAACGGCUUGGCAACCGUCGCAUCAGCUUGGUUCGUUUGUUCUGUGAUGUUACAGAUAUUUAUGGCCAGAUCUAUCUUCUCAAGGAUAUCUCUAGCCUCAUUGCAUUGGAGCAGCGCACAGCGGCGGCGGGAGUCACCUGCGUGUCGUAA